GGUAGGCGGGGCCCAGGGGGCCCCAAGAAUGUUGUUGUAUGGGGCCCUGUGAUUUCUAAUGGCGGCCCUGUCCCUGAGCAUCAUGAAGCCGGUGCACUGACUGCCAGAUAUCAGCUGACACUGAGACAUAUCAGGGGGCAGAGGAGGGAGCUGAUGUAUCAGCAGAGUCUCUAUGAGAGAAGAUAAAGGGGUGGAGCCAGGCUCUGGGCUUCCUAUGAAGUGUCAGGGCACAGACAGGCUGUGGGUUUGAUGAAGUGUCAGGACCAGUCAGACAGCACAAGUCUCUCAGCCAAUUGAAUCGCUCCUGAAAAGUGUCCAGACAAAACCUGCACUGACUUAACUCCUUCCCUCCUGGAACAACUUAGUGAGGAUGAAGGGAGGCCAAUGAACUGCCAUUACCAGGAUCUUUGCUCUUGUCAGUGUUACUGGGAGUUGCAGUUCAUGAGCGGCUGUACAGCCACAGGUUCCAGAUCCGAGAAGAGACUUUGCGUUACUCCGCGUUCCACUUCUGCAGCUGCAGCAACUAAACGAUUGUCUCGUGCUCCUCCACACACUGCUCUCUGUCCGGCCACCCGAGGGAGUGACCGCUGCUUCUUUGACAGCUUCAUAAUACCUCGCAGAACUCCCCUUCCGAGCCACGCCUUCAGCUCUGCCAUUGGCUGGCGCGCCGGUUACCCUCGUUCUCAUUGGCUCGUCCCUCUCCCCCCUGUCCCCCGCCUCGAGCCUUCAGAAGUCUCAGUCAGACAAUAUUCAGUUCCAUUGUAGCAAGAUGGCGACUGUCAUUCACAACCCUCUCAAACCGCUUGGAGAUCAGUUCUACAAAAAUGCAAUUGAACACUGCCGAAGCUACAACUCCCGCUUAUGUGCCGAGCGCAGCGUUCGCCUUCCUUUUCUCGACUCCCAGACGGGUGUGGCUCAGAAUAAUUGUUACAUAUGGAUGGAAAAGAGACACAGGGGGCCAGGUGAAUUAUUUUGCUUUACCGUUUCCCCCCAAAAAAAUAGUAUUACAAGGGAUGGCUCCUGGGCAGUUAUAUACUUACCCUGCACGAUGUUGGAGGAAAAAGCGGCGUUUACACACACCAGAAGAUCACAGGUUGAGACUUUUGGACAUAAAAACAGAUGUUGACUUUCCUCUGAGGAAGGAUAAUGUUCUGUCGGAAGGAACUACACUGGAAGCCUUGCUACGAGGUGAAGCGGUUGAGAAGAAAGAUGUCCGAGAUGAAGAAAGUCCACAGGAGAUUCAGAGAGUGUUAGAAAAUGAUGAAAAUGCAGAUGACGCCAAUGGAGAGGAUGAUAUAGAAGAAGAAGUUCCAAAGCGAAAGCACAGGAGCAGGGGAAGGGCUCGUGGCGGCAGGAGGAGGAACGAUAUCUCACUUGAUGAACAUAAUAAACCCUACGUGUGUGACAAUAGUUACAAACAAAAGCAUAACUCAAAAACAGCCGACAAAGUUUGUGGAAAACGUUACAAGAACAGGCCUGGUCUCAGUUACCAUUAUGCCCACACUCAUCUAGCUGAUGAAGAAGGGACAGACUGCAGAGACCAAGAUACACGGUCCCCGAGUUCUCCCUCUUCCAUUAGAAAACGUUGCAAAGGAACAGAUGGUGCUAUACUUUCCAAUAACUACUGUGAUUUCUGUCUCGGAGACUCGAGCAUUAACAGAAAAAGUGAACAAGCAGAGGAGCUUGUGUCGUGUGCAGACUGUGGGCGCUCUGGCCACCCCACCUGCCUGCAGUUCACUGUGAAUAUGACCGAGGCUGUAAAUUCCUACCAGUGGCAAUGCAUCGAGUGCAAAUCCUGUAUUGUCUGUGGGACAUCGGAGAAUGAUGAACAGCUGCUUUUUUGUGAUGACUGUGACCGUGGAUACCACAUGUACUGUCUAAUCCCACCCGUGGCUGAACCUCCAGAAGGAAGCUGGAGCUGCCAUUUGUGCGAGAACGAAUUAAAGGAGAAGACCUUGUUCUCCAUCUAAAUUUGCUAUGCAGAGAGAAAACCAUCUCUUUAAAAGAAAGACCAACUUUUUCUCUCACACGGCUCACACUUAACUAAGCUCAUCGUUUGGUUCUAUUUAGUUACCAUCCUGCUGAUUUACUCGUUUUUAAAUCACCAGAAUACACAAAGUUGAUGUACAGUUUGACCAUUGGGGAAACUCCAGGCAGCAGUACUGCCAGGACUGAUUAUUAUUUAGAUAGGGGUUGCAGUGCCGCUUAUUCCCAGAUAUUCUUCAGUAUUCGCUGGUCUGAUAUUUUAUAAGCUACAGUAGGUUUGUACAUGGAGGGACGUUGGUUACAAGUUACAUUAAACACAUAUUGUGGGUGCAGGAGCCCCCCACUAACAUUACUCUUUCUUCCAACACUGCACACAUCUGUAUUGCUCUGUUUCACCUGUCUGUCUGUCUGUCCCUUAUAUAACACUGAUACAAGCUCUUUCCUGACAAGAUUCCUUUAAAAUGCUUUUUAAUAUUUAAAGAGACAUUAUUGGUAACAAAAUGAUGCUGCUGUUAAAUUGUAUCGUACAUAUAGAACGAGCCACAGGUUUUGAAUCCUUUUAAUACCUUGAUGCAGAACACUGUCCAGAAUGAUGUCCAUAGACUCCCACGGGUGAAAUAAAUUGUCUCAAGUCAAAAAAAAAUUGUUGCCCAUAGACUUCAAUGCAUUUUGGCGAAUUUCGCUGUUUAGUAGGGAUGGGCGAAUUUUUUUUGCCUAGUUUCGCCGAAAAAAUUACGCCCAUAGACUUGUAUGGUGGUGUGCAUCAAAAAAAAAAGACGCGCGGCAAAACAAUUUCUCUGCGCGACAAAAAAAUUUUGACGCCCAUAGACUUUAAUGCCCGUCUGCGACAUUUCGCUGGCGGUGAAUUUUUGGCGAAAU